UUAAUUUACAUUGGGAAAAUAUUAUUUAAAAUUGAGUGAAAACGAGAUACGGAAAGGUAACAAAAGAAAUUUGAAUGAGUAAUUAAAUAAAAAGAAUACGUAUUUAUGUUUCAUUAGCGCGAAGGUUUGAAUUAUGUGGCGAAUCGUGUUAGUUAUAGGCGACCCAGACUUCCUGUGGAGAAACUCUGCUUGGAUUCGAUAUAGUCGUCAUACCAGGCUUGUCUGUUUACUCGUUCGUUUAUUCAUUGCUGUCUGAGUGUUUUUCUUCAUACGGCAACACCUCCUCAAAGUCUGUAACCGAUACUUGCCGGGUGCCACUCUAGGCCAGCUUGGAUUUAUAGGACCGAAGUGAUCCGACAUUUUUUUGUUGCAGUUUGUAGCAUAAACGUCGUAAUGGACAUUUUACUGUAUGCUAUAGUUCUUAGCAUUCUAAAGAGUGCUUAUGGAGAUGACUGCCCUUGCCUGGGACGGGAUAAUGCAAGACUUGCCACAUUCGAGUGCUCAGCCACCCAACAAUGCCCUUCAAAUGCUAAGAGCAUCCAGGAUUACUGCGGAUGCGGUUGUCAAGUCUGCACCAAGGAUGUCGGUCAGUCGUGUGGGGGAAUUUUAUCAAGAUCUGGAACAUGCUCUCCUGGUCUGGUUUGUGCAAACGCUAGAAACAAUAACCAAAUAGAUUUUAAAAACAAGGCAGUUGGUGUUUGCAUUGAAGAGUCAAAAAUCAACAAACCUGCUAAAAAAUCAAAAUGCGGAAAAAGCAUAGCAGUGAAAAAGUUUACAAGUGGAGUUAUAUACGAUUACCUGCAUGGAAAUGAGAAAUCAUGUAGUUACAGAUUUAAAGGACGACGAAAUCAAAGAGUUUAUGCAUCAAUUAGACACGUCAGUUUCUUAGGAAAGCAGUCUAAAAAAUGCAUACCCAAGUUUACGCUGAGAGAUUUCAGCGUAAAAAACAAGCAAAGUGAAGUAGGCAUAAUUUGUACCCAUAAUGACCUCUUGGAAAAGGGAAGUUUCACGUCUUCAAGUCCAAAAUCACAGAUUAUGUACAAGGGACCUUCGAAAAAACCCGGAUAUGUUGUGAUCGAAUUCCGAUUUCUAAACGAAGGUGAAACGGUAACUGUAGCACCAGUAACUGUAGCACCACCAACAGUUACAAGGGCGCCACCAGUAGAACGUAGAGUAAGUUGUGCAGCGUCGCAAGAUGGGUCUUACAUGUUCUCAAACCCAUCAUGUGAUAGUGAUGGAAACUUCAUGCGCCUCCAGUGUCAGGAGUGGGGAGCAAACCUAAACCCAGACACAUGUAUUUGUGUCGAUCCUAUACAUGGUUCCAGGACAAGAAAUAGUCCACCAUAUUGUCAUUCCGUUGAUUUACCUGAAAAUCAGUGCUCAUCUGAAGUAGAAAUGACAAAACGGAGGGUGCAAGAAUCGGCUGACGCAUGGGCCUUAAACGGCAUCAGUUUCUUCCCUCCAAAAUGCGAUGAGAAGGGCAAUUAUCUUCCGCUGCAGUGCCGAGAGUCAUUAUAUCCUUUCUGUAGAUGCGUGGACAGCAAGUGGGGUAAUGUUACCAACUCUCUUGUACCAGACUGCGACAUUCCAAUUCAGCCGUCACCAACGCCGUUAGCUGCUGAGAGUGAAGUGGACUAUCGUGAGCUACGUUGCCCUCGGUUCCGAUGCAAUAUCCUUUGUCGGUUUGGGUAUCAGAUGGACGAGAAUGAUUGUCCCAUAUGUGCUUGUAAACGGGCUUCCCCAGAUGAGAAAACAGAUAUCGAAAGAUGUUUUGCUGAAACGGAUCGUCUUGGUCGGCAAAUAGCUGAAAUGAUGAAAACAGGCAAACCUUCCAUUCCCUUCCCAGAAAUCCCGAUAUGUGAUAGCGACGGCAACUACGUCAAAAGACAGUGCACAUACAUUCAUGGGUGCUACUGUGUAGAUCCUGUAACGGGCCGACCGUCGGGUUUCCAAAAUCCAGAUUGUCUUGAGUACAAGCCAUGCGUGAAGAGGCGGAUUCAGUCGAUAGUAGAUGUAUUAACGAAAGGAAACUCACAUAAGUCAGCAAAGAAAUUGACGAAAUUACUUGAUAAAGACAUGGCGAACAAUCUUCUGCAGAUAAGUAAGCUGACGACAACGCAAGACAAGGAGCUCCUCGCCAAGACUUACAUUGAGCAGUGUACACAAUUUGGCGAUUAUAAUGGUACCCAGUGCGACCCGAAUGGAAACUGCUGGUGCGUCGAUGUUGCUGGGCAAACUGUUGUUGGAAAUCGUCGCAGUGGUGUGCCAGUUUCCGAAUGCUACGGAGAUCAGCGCCAAAACUCGCAGAUCCCAAUGAUAGUGAACGACCUUUACGAUCACUGGCUUGAUAUGAACGUAACGUACCCCUUCUACUGCACCAUAUCGCACGUGACUGAAGAGGAGGACAGACACUACUUUUGGUCCAAAGACGGUGUACCGAUCAAUCCGAAUACUCAUCCGCGAAUAACUACAGAGGUCGUGUAUUACGACUUUUUAAGACAGGCAAGCAUGAUGAUGGUUAUUAACAACGUAACUGCUCAGGAUGACGGAAUUUACCGUUGUGAAAUGACUGAUACGGCUAGAGAUUUUCACCUCAGUUCAACGCCUGUUCGAUUUAACGUCCUUGCACACACAGUUACUCACGCCCAGGCGCCACCUCUGCCAGUACCGUGUAAUAUGACUGCAUGCGAGAACUAUUGCAAAUACGGAUAUCGUCUGGACUCAAGGAACUGCCCAACAUGUCAAUGCAAAUCAUUUACUGAGGCGGAACAAAUGAUUGUAUUUUACAACAUGAUUACGAGUCGGAAAAACAUUUUCGGUUCCAAGGGUGGAAGGUGCAAGAUGGAACGGACGAGAGCUCUUGAAAUAAUACACAAUGCCAAUCUUACCCUUUCUAUGGAGACCUUCUACGCACCAGUCCGCUUGCAUUCGCCGCCAACGUGCGAUAAUGAUGGCAACUACGAGCCAGUCCAGUGCCGAGAAUAUGUUGGUUGUUUCUGUGUGAAUAUUAUGACUGGAGAGCCGUCUGGCCGCAAAGCUCCAGAAUGCACAAAACUUCGAAAAUGUAUCAACCAGCAGAUCGACUCGAUGAUGCACAUAGUCGGCCGAUUAAGUGACAAAAAGAAGUCUAGAAAGACUGCCAUUCAGGUUAAAAAAGAGCCUACAGUAUCGUCAAUUCGUUCGGAGCUUUUCAAAGUAGCAAUGUCAAAACUACCGGAAAAGUUUGCCAACGAAGAGUCAGACUUCCCUGUUCCGAACUGCGAGGGUCACGGGGAGUUUAUUCCUCAGAUCUGUAGCUUGUACCUUGGAGAAUGUUGGUGUGUAGACAGCUACGGUGAUGAACUUGCUGGAACGCGAGUCAGAGAAGGUGAACCGUUGAUAAAUUGCUUCCAAGAUUUUGGAGUGACAUCUGGUCCUUCUAUUGAGACGCCUAAUGAUACUCUUAACGCACUUGAAGUAUCGGUUCGCACCGGUGAUACCGCCAUCUUACCAUGUAGGGUUUCAGGAAAGACGCCUGAUACGUACAUACAAUGGAGCGUCAGGUCUAUUUCGAUGGACGUGUGGACUAUUGUGGAUGACAGGUUUAGCAUCAUAGGAGACCAACUCACAGACUUUUCACUGGAAAUCCAGAACGUCAGAGGCCUUGAUGCUGGAUAUUACUCGUGUAGUGUGUACAGCACGUCCCGUCAAUUUCGCGCGUACACAAGUCGCAGGUCGGCAGGCGUCAUGCUACACGUUUUAGUUUGAACACUGCAGAUGGCAGGCGAAAUUCUUAAUGUGAACACCUAAAGACAGACAUCUUUUUGCCUUAUGUCUGAACACAUACGAAUGAGCUUAAUAUUUAACAUUCGGGUGUGAACAUACAAAUGUAAACAAGUUUAAAUAAUUAAAUCAUUUCUGAAGAUCUUAGCUUACUUAAUAGCCUUUAAAAAUGAUGAUUUGAAUGAUGAGAUGACAGCUUCAUACUAAGUGUGUUUGCUAUUUUCCGUGUAUUCGCCGAUUCUUACCAGACCCUAACUACAGAUAGGUCUAUAUUAAUCCGCAUUACCAUUCAUUUAGGUAGUCGGUACCAAUGCGAAUACAUUAUAUAAUCUAACGGAACGAUUAAAAUUAUUCCAACAUAAAUGUGAUUUUAGCGAAAUCAACGUUCUAAAUAUUUGGUCGAUUGAUGAUAUUAGUUUUUAGUUUUUGUUAAAUUUUCGAAACAUUUUCUUAAUUCAGUCCUCGUAUUGUAUAGUAUUUCAUCACAUGUAAAUCGAAACUCAAUUAAAUAAUUUUGAACAGAACCUGU